AUGGACCUCAUCCACCGCGUGCAGGCCGCCCACGCAGAUGUCUUUUCUCCUGCCACGCUGGACAGCAGCACGGCCCUGACAGCGUUCAGGCGCCAUGGGAAGCUACUCUCCCGGCUCGGGCUCGAGGGCCUCGACAUGAUCGGCUGGAAUGCGUCGAUGCCCCGCCUCUACCACCAGCUGGGGGCCGAAUACGUCACUUUGACCGGACCAGCCACGGAGGGGAUGUCUGGUUCCCUCAGCCAGCACCAAAAGAUCACCCACUUCGCUACGCGGAGAACUCUCUUGGAGGCGGCGACGGCAUGGUUCCCCAUAUGUCGGGCAGUUCACUGGACGCACACAAGCGCUAUGCCGAUGGUGUGA